CCGCCAUGGCGUCCCUCCGCACGGAAGAUUCCGGGGCCAGCGCUAAGGGCUCCCGGCCCGGGCCCGGGGGCGGGGAGGCGGCCUCGGCCGAGCAGCUGGAGGAGGCGGUGGAGCGGCUGCAGCGCGAGAACCGGAGGCUCCGGGAGCAGGCUCCGCGUGCAGCCGCGCUCUGCGGCCUCUACCACGAGGCGGUGCAGCAGCUGAGCUUCCUGCGGGGCCAGCUGGCCUCCCGAGACGCCCUGGUGGCACGCCUACGGGCCAGUCUGGCCGCUUACGAAAGCUCCGGGUCCGAAGUGGGGCCCGGGCCCGCGCCGUCCCUCGUGGACGGGCUGGUGGAGCAGGUGGCCCACCUCAAGGAGCAGCUCCAAGAGCAGGAGAGCAGCGCUCGCGCCCGGGAGGAGGGACUGGGACAGGAGAUGCAGAAACUGAAUCAGCAACUGGAAGAGAAAGAGAGAGAGCUGCAGCGGCUGCUCAUGGAGCCCCAGCAUGAGCGGGAGCGAGAAAUCCUGCUGCUGCAGAGAAGUUUGGCGGAGAAGGAGAAGGCGCAGGCCACAAGCGAGGUGCUCUGUCGGUCCCUGACUGAUGAGACUCAUCAGCUCCGGAGGACUCUGGCCGCCACCGCCGAGAUGUGUCAGCACCUCGUCAAAUGUCUGGACGAGAAGCAAAGAUCUGGAGGGCACAGGGAGGAGAAACCCCCCUUGGAAAGAUCUAAUAAGCUACAAUUUCCUGAAGGUGAUGUCUCGGUUCAUGCCAUUAUUUGUAAAUUACAGGAGGAAAACAGGCUCCUGAAACAAAAAGUGGUUCAUGUAGAAGAUCUGAACGCCAAAUGGCAGAAGUACGACGCUAGCAGGGAUGAGUAUGUGAAGGGCCUCCAUCUGCAGCUGAAGGAACUGAAAGUCCUUCCCGAGCAGGGUUUGCCCAUGAGCCCGGAGCUUAUGCAGAAGGAGAUUUUCCGGCUAAACAAACUGUUGGAAGAAAAAAUGGCUGACUGCUUGAAAGUAAAAAGGGAGCUGGAAGAUAUGAAGAAGGCAAAAGAUGGAGACAGUGAGCGGAUACAGAUGUUGGAGCAGCAGGUGCUUGUUUAUAAGGAUGAUUUUACGUCAGAAAGAGCGGAUCGGGAGCGGGCACAAAGCAAGAUUCAAGAACUUAAGGAAAAAGUUGCAACCCUACAGCACCAGAUAUCCAGGAGACAGGAGUCGAGAGAGACAACGGGCCACUGUAGGAUUCACACAGGUCACAAAAACCACACACAACGCCUAGAGACAGACGUUGCAGAGGUCUUACUCAGGGCAGAGUCAGCAAGCACAAGGAGACCUGUCCUGCAGCCUGAACAGCCUGAAAUCCAAGCAGACAGACGAAUCCCUGGCCCUGAUCUGAGAGGUCAAGGUCAAGGGGACCUUCACUGCCCUCACUGCAUGAGGUUCUUUCAUGAUGAGGAGGGCGAGGAAUUUCUUAGACACGUGUCUGAAUGCUGUCAGUGACCAAGUCACCUGAAGAAGUUAGUCAAAGGCAGGGCCAGGGUGAAUCGACUGCAAAGACUCUCCAGUCAUUCAUUUGGACAAUCUGGUCCCCUGAAGAAGUAUGAUUCACUAAAGACAUGGGAACAAAAAUGGGAGAGCGGAUCUGCCAAAGGACCAGUCAGUCAUCUGGGGGUAAAUCUCAUUUGAGCUGUGUGACAUUCCAACUCAAAGCCUACUGCCUAGCACACUGGAGCAGAGAAGGGGAAUCAGCCAUUGGAUUUCUCCAGAGAGGGCGAAAUGGCAGUAUACCAGGCGAUCAAGUGCCUGGUAACCAAUUGGGUAAGGUUCCAUCCCUUCAAGGAUGAGUUGGGAAGAGUAAAUACAAAUUUAUCUUUCUGUUGAAGAAAGCACCAAUUUCUAAGAGUCAGAAUUCUGACUCAGUCAUUUACACCUGCUUUCAGUUCAGCUCAAGAUGGUAAAACUGUUAUUCAACAUGGGCAACUGAGGUGUAGGAGAUGGCUAGGGUGGGACAGUUUGAGUGAAACUUGCCCAUCUUUGGAAUGGACAAGUGUUACCGGGUGUUCUUUCCAAUGGCCUCAGAAUGGAGCACAUGGGGCCUGGUCUGUCAGAACAAGGCAGGACAAGAUCCACAUUGAUGCUCUGUCAAGCCUUCACAUGCUGCAGUGUGUCAAGUACAGAGUGUGGAAGACAUUCAGGUCACACAGAUGACCCAGAUUUGGCUCAAGAAGCGAGGACUGAACAUCACUGCCCUGUCUUAUGUGAAGGGUGGGGAAUAGGCUUUUGGAAACAGUGGAAUCCCAUUUUGUUUUUGCACUGAUGUACCUUGUGUUGGCAAGUUGCAAUUUUUUUCUUAGGAAUUGACUUUAUAUGAAGAAUUAAAAUCAUAUUUUAUAUUCACUUAUUUUUAUAA